AUGCCUGAUUUCCAUAAUGCAUGUGCACUUCCUGUUAGUCUCAUUCUGUUGGGAAUUCCUGGCUUCGAAAACGUACAGUGCUGGAUCUCGAUUCCCUUCUGCUGCAUGUACAUUGUGGCCUUUUUUGGAAACUGUUUCAUUCUUUUCAUCAUUCAGUCAGAGACAAGCCUUCAUGAGCCAAUGUACUUCUUCGUGUCCAUGUUAUCUGUUACUGAUCUAGUGCUGUCCUCCUCCACCUUGCCCAAAAUGCUGAGCAUCUUCUGGUUUGACUGCAGGGAGAUCCAUUUUGAAGCCUGUUUGACACAAAUGUUCUUCAUCCACUCCUUCACGGCCAUGGAGUCUGGUUUUUUUUUGGCCAUGGCCUUUGACCGAUAUGUGGCCAUAUGUAAACCACUUCGGCAUUCAAGCAUUUUAAGCAAUAACACAGUGUUAGUAAUGGGUGUUUCUGUGGUGUUUCGAGCUGUGGUGCUUUUUACCCCUCACCCAUUCAUAGUGAAGAGUCUGUUUUUCUGUCAGACUAACAUCAUACCUCAUACAUACUGUGAGUUCAUGGCUAUCAUCAAAAUUUCCUGCGGUGAUGCUUCGGUGAGCAAAGACUACAGUCUUACCGUGGCCUCAAUGAUAGGAGCUUUUGAUUUAAUGUGCACAGUUGCAUCCUAUACCCUGAUCCUCAGGACUGCUCUAAGUCUCCCAACUAGAGAAGCUGGUGCCAAAGCUCUCAGCACUUGCACCUCCCACAUCUGUGUCAUCUUGGUCUUCUACAGCACAGCUGUCUUCACUUUUCUCACCCAUCGCUUUGGUCACAACAUUGUCCCUCAGAUACAUAUUACCAUAGCCAACAUAUAUCUGCUGGUCCCACCGAUGCUAAACCCUAUCAUUUAUGGAAUAAGGACCAAGAAAAUCCGCCAGCGGAUAAUGGCAAUUGUAUUAUUCACUGUAGAGUGA